AAAAUUUUCAAUCUAGUGACCCAUCUGAGAGACAUGAUCUUUACAUGUGAAGAAUUUUGUUAAUUUGUGCGAUUCUGGUGUUUCAAGUGUUGAAAAUGGAUUCAGUUUCUCAAAUAAACGACUCGAAUCAACAAUCAGAAGAACAAGCAACAGAAAUGAUCGAUGGAUCCAACGAUAAUGAUGACCAUGCUUCCUCCAGUGAUGAUUCCAAUGAUUCGGAGAGCCAUGAAGUUAGUCAAAAUAUAGUUUCUGAGAUGCACUUUUGGUACGGAAAUGAUAAAACUGCCAUUCUUACCGAGCUGGUUAAAAGUCGAAUCCAGCAGGCUAGGGUCAAUCAUCAAAUUGAAGUGUUUAAACUUGCUUUAGCAAAAUCUGCUGCCUCCAAGACGAAGUUACAGCUUGAUUUAGCAUGUAGCAAUCGAAUGAUAGUGUACUUGCAGGAAUCUGCAAAGGAACAAACAAAUUUAACUUCAACAGUUACUCAGCAGUACAAUAUAUCUAUCGACAUGAUAGAGGAGCUGGAUUUGAAACGCGUAAAACUGAUCAAAGACACCCAAGCUCUUGGAACAGCAGCAGCUGCAUUGGAAGAAAAUAUUGAUCAGAUCGAGAACGAAUUACAUCAACAAACAUCCUUCCAGAAAUUAGAGUCCGAUCGUAAUUGUGCACUACAGCUACAGAUUAGUGAUCUUCAAAAAAACAACAGUGCUUUGAAUGAUCUGCUUAGUAAAGCAGAAAUGGCACAUCAAUCGUUGAUUUCUUCUCACUCAGCCGAGCUGAAUGAGUAUGAGACUCGCAUAACUCAACUGAACGAACAGUUGGUCAAAGCUGAAGCACGCAUUACUAAUGAAAUGCAAACAAAUUCAGCUCUCAAGAACAAUGUAGAGUCAGUAUUGGCGGAAAAGAUUCUGAUAUCGACCGAGGUUGCCAAACUAGAAAACAGAUUGGCGGAAAUGGAGAAAGAGAUGGAAGACAAAUUGCAGGAUAAGGAGAAAUCCUACCGAAUACUCCUUGAAAAGGAAAAUAUGGAUGCUGUUCAAAAAUACAACCAAUUCAUGGAGGAUGCAUUGCAAUAUAAAUCCGAGAUUGCAAGGCAAACUGAGACUAUUGAGAAAAUGUGCAAUGAGCUUACAAAGUCUAACGAGUGCUUGGAUCGUGAAAGAAACAAGACAGAAGAUUUAGAAAAUAAAAUUGUCGGUAUUAAGAAUAUUCUCGAAGAUCGAAAUAAUGAAAUCUACGCACUACAUGCCAAGUUAAACGGUGAACAGAAACGGUUCGAUGAACAAAAACAGCAGCUACAGCAGAAAUAUGACGAGCUCCGAAAUCAGCUGGAUGAUAGGCAAAACGACUUGACAACGAAAAAUUUAAAAAUAACACAAUUAGAUGAGAAUUUAGCUACUAAUGUUCUGAAAAUAUCUGCAAUGGAAACACAAUUCAAGGAAAAGGAAGAAGAAUUGCAAACUUUAAAGACUAAGCUGAUAAACACAGAACAGUUAAAUGCUAGAAUCACUCAAUUAGAGGCAGCACUAGCAGAGCAAGUGUCUAAGGCGACUUCCUUAGAGCAGCAACUUUUAGAGAAAGAACACGACAACCGUGCAAUGACACAGCACGGUACACUUCAAGUUACAUCAACACCAUGUCAUCCAAUCGAAUUGGAAAGUAGUGUUGAUGUUACACCCUCUAAGAAAUCACGAGUUUCCGAUACAGAUGUAAUAAAUCUUACACCAAGUGGAACCAACUACAGUACAUUCCAGUCCAACGUCCUCCGAAAGCGAGCUCCGCUUAGACUUUUCGGAAGAAACUCUCCGAAUACCAGAUCACCGCCGCCAAAUUCUCUGGCAAGCAUUCCGAGGAGCUUCUUCGGAGCGAACCGUCAGCGUGACUCGAAUGAAGAUCUUAACGUGAGCCUUUCGAGCACUAUUAAUAUCGACGACGAUCCGUUGGAAACAGCAAGCGUUUCCAAUCACUCUUCAUCAGUUCGUAUGGUAAAGCCGUUCUUCCGGAAUCCGCAUUUGAGAUCUUCGGAUUAAUGUAUUGUAUUUAUAUUUGUUUUCUGUUGAUCGUUGGAUUGUUGAAUUCAGUUGUUCUAGAAGAACACGUUUUUCGCGAUUUUCGUUUCUUUCUGUUAAUAUAAUUUAAAUGGUUUAAACGGUUA